AUGUCAGUGCCGUCGCUGCCCACCGCGACCACCAUCCAGGUCGACACCCGCGGCGCAGUGAUACUAGAGGAGGAGUCCCCAGAUACCCGCGACAGCCGAGGCAUCUACCUACCCAACUACAUCGAGCCGGUGUCCCACAUUGCAGUAGACAUCGGGGGGUCGCUCGCGAAGGUGGUGUAUUUCACCCGCUCGCCUCACCCGCCAGGCUCGCCCUCGAUAGCGGCGACAAGAGGCUCCAGCACCACCGUCAGCAACCUCUCGACGCCCGUGUCUGCUUCCCCCCCAGAAGAUGUGUCUCUUCCCCUCGAGCCCUCACCCCCACCGCUGUUCGCGAAGCUCAAUUACAAGCUGAAUGGUGCACUGACCCCCGCCGUGCUGGACCCACAAAAUGGUAACAACGGGCAGGGCGUGCACCUCGCACCCCCACCGCUGGCCUCAGCGUCGGUGUCACUACCGGACCCGCUGGACCACAGCCGGCUGAACGAGUCGCUGCUGCGGCGCGUGUCGGUGCAGCACUUCCCGGGCGGGCAGCUGAACUUUGAGAAGUUCGAGACGGAGCACAUCGAGGAGUGCGUCGCGUUCGUGCGAGCGCUGAUCGAGCGCUCCGCGAAACUGAACGGCGUUUCCGUUGCGGAGAUGCGGGGCGGCGUAAAGAUCGUUGCGACGGGGGGCGGCGCGCACCGCUUCUACGAGCUGUUCGAGCACGAGCUCUUCGUCGAGGUGCGCAGGGAGGACGAGAUGGAGUGCCUGAUCGAGGGCCUCAAGUUCAUUACGCUCAUCCCGGACGAGGUGUACUAUUUCUCCGACGAGCUCAUCCACUCCGUCUCGCAUCCGUACCACCUGCUGCAUGCUGGCGUGCUCGAGCGCCCAAGUCCGGACCCACCCAAGUAUGCGGUGACGUUCGUGGAGAAUCCGACGCCGCAGCUGCCGUGUCUACUGGUGAACAUCGGGUCAGGCGUGUCGAUCAUCAAGGUGAACGAGGACGGGUCGUAUGAGCGUGUCAGCGGGACGAGUCUGGGUGGCGGUACGCUGUGGGGUCUACUCAGUCUACUCACACCAGCAACUACAUUUGAUGAAAUUUUGGAGCUCUCCGAGAAGGGUGACAAUGCCAAGGUAGACAUGCUCGUCGGCGACAUCUACGGCUCGGACUACAGCAAGCUCGGGCUCAAGUCGACGAUGAUCGCCAGUUCGUUCGGCAAGGUGUUCAAGAAGAACGGCACGAAGGGCUCGUUCUCACCCGAGGACAUCAGCAAGAGCCUGCUAUAUGCAGUAUCCAACAACAUAGGGCAGAUAGCAUACAUGAAUGCCGAAAAAUAUGGCCUAGAUCGGAUCUACUUUGGUGGUUUCUACAUCAGAGGUUAUGCGGCAACAAUCAGCACACUCUCAUACGCUAUCAGGUUCUGGAGCAAGGGUACAAAGCGGGCGCUGUUCCUGCGGCAUGAGGGCUUCCUUGGAGCCAUUGGAGGAUGGAUCAAGAACAUCGGGGAGGGCCAGCGAGGCAUGCCAUUACCUGGUAAGGAGGACGAGGAUGCUCCAGCAUGA